UUGUGUACUAUAUCAUUCAAAACCCUUCAUCACCACCUACACCUCCACCACCACCAUCUGUUCCUCCUCCACACCACCACUUCCACCACACACAAGAUGGCAAACACACUGAGUCCCAUAAUGAAGGGAGAACCACAGCGUCGGCCCUCCAUGGACGCCUUCAAGCAACAGACCAAGGUGGAGGCAAGGGUCCAGCUUAGCCAGGAACUAGACCGCCUGCUGCUCACCUCACCUCCUGCAAUCAGGGACGCCACACGGAAGGAGUUUGAAGGCUUUGAGAAACUGUUUGCUCGCUUCAUUUCCGAUUUCGAGCCUUCAAUCCACUGGGACGAGAUUCAGAAGCUGGAGGAAGGCACGAUCCGAAGCUACAAUGAGAUCCAGGGUGUGGCAGCAACAAAAGCCAAGGCACUGCUGGACCGUCUUGUGGUGGUGAAGCUCAAUGGAGGGCUGGGCACUUCAAUGGGGUGUAAGGGACCUAAAUCCAUCAUCCCUGUGCGCUCUGACCUCACCUUCCUUGACCUUACCGUACAGCAAAUCAAGCACCUAAAUGAGAAAUACAACAGUGACGUCCCUCUGGUCCUUAUGAACUCCUUCAAUACAGACGAGGACACUUCGAAGGUCAUCAGAAAGUACCAAGGCAUAAAGGUCAGCGUCCACACUUUCAAGCAAUCACGGUACCCAAGAAUCAAUAGAGAGUCACUUAUGCCGCUAGCGAGGACUUGCAGCGACGGGGAGGCAGAGAGUUGGUACCCGCCUGGCCACGGUGACUUCUACAAUGCUUUCAACAACUCUGGCCUGCUUGACGAGUUUCUGAAGCAGGGCAAAGAGUAUGUGUUCAUCAGCAACAUAGACAAUCUUGGUGCCACUGUUGACCUCUCCAUCCUUAACUUCUUAGUGAGGUCAGGCCAUUGUCCCUUCCUGAUGGAGGUCACAGACAAGACCAGAGCUGAUGUGAAGGGUGGCACACUCAUCAGACACAAGGAUCAACUGUGUCUGCUGGAGAUUGCUCAAGUUCCCAAGGAUCACGUCGACGAAUUCAAAUCAGUCAAGAAGUUCAAGAUUUUUAACACGAAUAACUUGUGGAUUAAACUGAGUGCGAUGAAGGAGGUGAUGACAGAGGGUGGACUGGAGAUGGAGGUGAUAGUGAACAACAAGACUCUAGACUCUGGCACAGGGGUCAUUCAGCUGGAACAGGCAGUGGGGGCGGCCAUCAGGAGCUUUCACGGAGCCAUGGGACUCAACGUACCGAGAUCCCGUUUUCUCCCGGUGAAGAAAACGGACGACCUGCUUUUGGUGAUGAGCAAUUUGUACACCAUGCAGCAGGGGACCCUCAUCAUGUCACCCCAGAGGCAGUUUGAUACCACCCCUCUUGUUAAACUGGGGUCAUCUCAUUUUGGAAAGGUUAAGGACUUCCUCAAGCGUUUUGGCACCAUUCCUGACAUGCUGGAACUCGACCACCUCUCUGUGUCUGGCGAUGUGACUUUUGGAAGACGUGUGGUCCUUAAGGGUACGGUUAUCAUCAUCGCAAAUCACGGAGAUCGAAUUGACAUCCCAGCCGGCUCAAUUUUGGAGAAUAAAAUAGUUUCUGGCAACAUGCGAAUUCUGGACCACUAGAGAGAGAGAGAGAGAGAGAGAGAGAGAGAGAGAGAGAGAGAGAGAGAGAGAGAGAGAGAGAGAGAGAGAGAGACUUGUGGUAUCUUUAAUCUCUCACCAUGCAGCCUUUGAGAUUAACACACACACACACACAAAAAAAAGAAAAAUAAAUAAAUAAAUAAAAAAAAUAAAUAAAAAAAGAAAAAAUAAAUAAAAUAAAAAUACUACUACUAAUAAUAAAGCAAAAUAACAAUAAGAAACUGCAAAGGAAAAUAAAUCAAGCAAUAUAGAAGAUGCAAGCCCAAGACACAACCACCACCACCACCACCACCAUGCACACACACACACACAGCACCACCAACCUUCCCUGAGGACUGAAGUGGGCUAAGGGAGCCAACACCUUCUCUAGUUCCUCCUCUCUACACACUGGCUGCAGGAAAUAAAGGUGGUUGUAAUGCACGGUUGAAAUAAAUAGUUAAUGCUUAUGUUA